UCCACUGACCUGAUCAGCACUUGUGCUUUGUACUUCCGCUUCCGGUAUAAUCCGGAAGUCCCAGUCGGCUGGCAGUGAUGUGCGCGCGCGCUGGUGUGUGUCUGGGCUGAGUGUGGCUCGCGCUAGUUGCGAGUGAUGUCAGUGGAGCGUGUGCAGUGGUGUGACGGUGACAGAGAGUUUCCAGCAGAAAUGAUGACCUCUGUGCGAUCAGUCGCUCUGAACACUGAUCUCUCCAUGGAGGAUAUCGAGCUUCUCCACACUCACAUCACUGCACUGAGGACGGAGGUGGCAGAGCUACACCACAAAUUAUCAACACACCACCCAGAAGCUGAGCUACAACACCAGCAGACAGUUUUGUGUCCUGAACUGAAGACUGAAGUGAAUCCUUUCCUAACGGAGCAGCAGGAAAAUGGCACGCUGAAACCGGAAUUCUGUUCGACUUCCGAGUGUAAAACUGAACCACAUCACACACACAUCCACUGUGAAGACCUACACACACUCACACGGGUGGAGGACGUUCAUGUUGUUGUUGUUUUUAAAAGCGAACCUGAGCCGAUGGAAAUCUCACACACUACACACACACACACUGAUGAACCCACACUACACACUACACGCACACACACUGAUGAACACACACUACACACUACACGCACACACACUGAUGAACCCACACUACACACUACACACACACACACUGAUGAACCCACACUACACACUACACGCACACACACUGAUGAACACACACUACACACUACACGCACACACACUGAUGAACCCACACUACACACUACACGCACACACACUGAUGAACCCACACUACACACUACACACACACACACUGAUGAACACACACUACACGCUUGCAUUAAGAUGUGUUCAGAGCAGCGGCUGGAUCGCAGGAACUCGGACAUCACACACAUGACUGUGGAACCGAGUCUGAAGAAAGAAGAACAUGAAGAUAAUGAAGAUGAUGAUUUUAAGAGUUAUGACCCAGCUGAUACGAGGAUCACAACUAACAAAACCAGAGUGAAGGAACUGGAACCUCCUGACUCAAAGCUCCACUGUGAGGAACUCUCUGAGAGGCCAUUCCGCUGCUCCAUCUGCGACAAGAGCUUCACUUUAGAGUUCAAUCUCCUCAAACACCAGAAGCUCCAUGCUGGAGAGAAACCGUUCCACUGCAGUCACUGUGGGAAAACCUUCACGCAGUUAUUCAACCUGACGUCUCACCAGAGAACACACACUGGAGAAAAACCCUUCCUGUGCAGCCAGUGUGGAAAACGCUUCUCUCAAGCCUCCAAGCUGAAAACACACCUCAGAAUCCACACAGGAGAAAAACCGUACGUCUGUCUGACCUGCAGGAAGAGCUUCUCCGAUUCAUCCACACUCAAUAAGCACCAGAGAACACACACCGGAGAGAAACCGUACCAGUGUGUGAUGUGUGGGAAGAGUUUCGGACAAUCGGCUCACCUCAUGAAGCAUUACAGAUCACACAAUCGCAAAUCCACAUGAUUUACCUUUUCCAAAUUAAUUCAGCUGCACUCUGAGUGAUUUGCACAUUAAUCUUUAUCAGCAGCGUUCAAUAUUUAUUUUGCAAUGAAAUUUUGAGUUUAAACUUCAGUUUCCUGAAUGGUUUUCCUAUAUUACCCACAAUGCCCUGCUGAUAGUGGUGCAGUGGGAUUUAGCCCUCACGUCAUCUCUAUCUAAAGAGCAUGAUUUAGUCUGUUCAGCUCUCAGCUCCUCAUCUGUACACUCUGUUCAAACAGAUCAGCUUCCAAAGCUUCAAGUGUCAUGCCAAUACCUCCAUCACGCCAUCACGCUCGUCAUCUCGUACAUCGCUAACUAGCUGAGCCGAGUCUCUGGUCAGAGGUUUGCAGAUUUUUGUGGAAAUUCUUUUAUUAAUCAGAUCAUUAAUACUACAAUAUAUGAGCUUCCUUUAGUGCCAAAAGUUCUGCACAGCGCUUUGUCCAUGUCUAAUUUUCAUGUUUGCCUUUUUGAUUGUCGUCUUGUUCUCCUGUUGUUUCAAUGCAUCAAGAUUUAGUUUAGUUUAGCUGUGCAGUUAUGUUAGUGAAACUCUAAUGUAUUUACUUUAGUAUAUUUUCACACAGCUUUCACUUUGACCAGUGUCUAAUUUCACUUACCAAUCCAGACAAGAAGGCAUUCAUCGAGACUUAUUUUAUUUAGUCAGACAAGCAGAAUGAAUGAACGACGCACAUCCAGAGGACUGAUAGAUAUUACACCUGAUACACCAACAAACUACACCUGAGAAUCAGAUUUUUUAACUUUUUUUAGCGAAAGAAAUGAAUUAAACAAGUAUAGAAAGCUUUGCUGUAGGAUCACGCUAGCAAGAGACAGUACGAAAUUUGAAGGUAUUAUGUGUAGGUAUUAUACUGUAAGGUGAUAAACCCAAUGUGGUCUGAUGUUUCUUCAGUUCCUACCUCACAACUUUAGUUCCCACUUCAGAUUAGUUCCAAAUUACUGUAGUGACACAAAGCUGGAAGAAAAACCUAUAACCAUGGUUUCAUCUUGUCAUGUCCUAUACAUCCUCUCAUUAAAUGUCUAUAGAGACGUUAUGAAGAAAAAUAAAGAUUAGAAGGAUGUAGCAGAGAUGAUUGAUGCCUCUGGUGCGUGUACGUAGCCAGUACAGUUAGAUCGCUUUGCUAAUCUAAUUAGCAAAGAAUAAAGCUAGUACGAAUCCAAUCAUGUAACAUGUUAAUCACACAACCGAUUUUCACACUGAUUAGUGUGUUAUUUAAUAUGUGUUUAGCAACAGUAGCACCGCUACACACACGAGAAAAACUCCAAGCGUAACGAAUGACUUGUCGUCCGUUAGUGUGAACGUAGGAUUAGACUGUACAGCCCUGCAAAGUAUCUGAGUUUCUGUAUGAGAAGUUUAUAACAAUUAUAUACAGCAUUUUUACAGAUAAAAUAACAGUAAUGUUUCACA